UUGCUUUCUUUUUGAGGAGGCCGAGAAAUAUCUCAUCAUAAUGAAGGCCGCUGCUAUCGCUCUCGUCGUCAUGAUGAUUGCCGGUCUUAUCAGCACUUCCUGCUCACAAGAAGAUGAUAGCCAGGUGGCUCAUGUCAGAGUUCGUCGUGGAUUCGGCUGUCCACUCAACCAGGGGGCUUGUCACAACCACUGCAGAAGCAUCAAGCGCCGGGGUGGUUACUGCUCGGGAAUCAUCAAGCAAACCUGCACCUGCUACCGGAAGUGA